AUUUUAAAAGUUUCGAGUGUCAGGAUGCAAAACAAACAGAUUAUUUUAUUAAUUACGUUAAUAUCAUUUCUAAUAUGUUUUUACCUUCCUGGAAAUAUUUGUGAUGAUAUUCCUGGUGAUUAUUGUAGAGGACUAAAUGGAGUGUUGCUACCACAUCCAGAUCCAACUCGAUGUGCCGAAUUUGUCCUUUGCCUGUUUGAAAAUCCAAUUCUUAGGCAGUGUUUACGAACGAAUGAAAUUUUUUAUCCACCUGCUCAGGACUGUGUGUUCGGAAACCCAGAAACAUGUGAGCCUUUGAUUCCAACUCCUAAAACAACAACUCAAAUUAUGACAAUAACAGAGACAGAAGUAACAACAAUCAUUACGACUCUAAUCCAUGAAACUACAGAAACUGAUGAUAUAAUCCCAACUACCAUUGCUGCUACAGACUCGACAACCAUUUCUAAUGCCACAAUUGAAGCAACCACGAAAAACUAUUCAUCUUCUGAAACAACUACUGAAGAACCAACAGCAACAUCUACAUCUACAACAUCAAGGCUUCCAACAACAGCACCAAUUCCUGUUCAUCGAUGUCCACCAAGUGGAUUUGGUAACAUCCCACAUCAUACAAACUGUAGUCGAUACUUUGAAUGCAUUAGUGGUAUUAGGCACCUCAGGUUCUGUCCUGGUGGAAUGUUGUUCGACUCUGUAACUCUUGAGUGUACUUAUCCUGAAUUGGCAGUCUGUGCUGGAUAAGAACAAUUUAAAUAAUUGCAAGUGUAUUUUGUAUUUGUGAUUGUAUGAAAUUUUUUACAAAAAUAUAAGUUUUUCGUGUGUAAAAUGGUCUAAAACCAGUUUAAUAAAAUUAUUUAUCACAAUUAAGGC